AUGACUGAAGUUUGGAACGCCAAAAUAAACCAUUACAGGGGAAAACCCAUUCUUACCAUGUUGGAAGAGAUCCAUUGCUACUUGAUGAGGAGAAUGGCUACGCAUAAGAAGGUUCUAAGCACUUACACUGGAGUAUUGGCACCAGUUCAGCAGAGGAAAAUGGAAGAUAUUAUGAAAGAUACUAAGUUCUGGACAGCUCAGUGGACUGGUGACAACGAUCGUAAUGUAUUCGAAGUCCAGAGACAUUUAAAGAAAGUUGGUGUGCAUCUUGGAAGGCACACUUGUAGUUGCAACUUGUGGCAACUAACAGGAAUUCCAUGUGUUCAUGCGUUGACAGCUAUACAAAAGAGGUGUGAUAGACCAGAACCUUAUGUGCACCCUUGGCUCAAAAUGGAUGCAUUUCGAGCCACGUAUGAACAUGUAAUCAGACCAGUCAACUCAGAGGAGUAUUGGAAAAAGACUGGUCUCUUGGCUCCGGAGCCACCCACCAUUAAGAGGCCUCCUGGGCGCCCAACGAAGAAAAAGAGAAAACCUGAUCCUGUUGAGGAUUCACCAGAUACAACAAAGGGAAGAAGGACAUUCAUGGUCACUUGCCAAAAAUGUGGUCAGACUGGUCACAAUGCAAAGACAUGCAAGGGACCACCAAGGCCUAAACCACCCCCAAAGGUUAAGAAAAAUGGACAGCUAAGAGCAAAGAAAAAUACUUCAUCUGCUCCACCAUCACAAGAUGAAGUCCAAGUCUCCCAAACAGCACCCCAACCACUGCCACAGAUAAAAUAUUUAGUUGGGGAUCAAAAUGUCUAA